UACCACGAACUUCAAACUUGUUGCAGAACAAAAUUUCGGGGUUUGUCACAUAUUUUGUGCGCGAUACGACAUUUUAGAUAAGAAAUCAGAUAAGGUUCAGUCGCGCGUCCUUUGCACGGUUUUGUACCGUUGGUUAUAUAGUGAUAAGAAAAUCAAGACAUGUGGAGUGCGCGUUCGUUCAAUCGUUCAGUCACUCGAUUGAAAGCCUCUGCAUCAGCCACAAUGUCAAGCGAACUGGACAUUAAGAAUUACUUCGAGUUCGCCAAGGAGCUAACCUUGGAGGCAGGCGAGAUAUUCAAAUGCGGCUUCGAAGGAGCGAAGAGUGUCAAGUUCAAGGAUCACGAGUGGGAUUUAGUAACAGAUUAUGACACAAAAAUUGAAGAAUUGUUUACGAAACGUCUGAGAGAAAAGUUCCCCAGCCACGAAUUCAUCGGGGAGGAAACCUUCGCUAAAACGAAAGAGAAACCGAUAUUAACGGACAAGCCAACGUGGAUUAUAGACCCUAUAGAUGGGACAACAAAUUUUGUAAACUCGUUUCCACACACUUGUAUAUCUGUCGCUUUGUCAGUUUAUAAGGAAAUCGUGGUAGGAAUAAUUUACAACCCGUUGACCGAGGAACUGUACACCGCGAUGAAAGGAAAAGGCGCAUUUUUAAAUGGAAAACCUUUGAAGAGCUCUUGCGUUACUGAACUGAAGGAGGCUUUGAUAGACCUCGAACUGUUUUCGUUACGUUUUCACGCGAAAAAUCGGGACAUCAGAAUGGGUAGAUUCGAAGCUAUUACUUCAGUUGCCCGGGGAGUUAGAUACAUGGGAUCAGCUGCUUUGUCUAUGGCAUACAUAGCGAAAGGUGCGCUGGAUUGCAUGCAAGCGGACGGCCUUCAACCUUGGGACGCUGCAGCAGGCCUGUUACUCAUUCGUGAAGCUGGUGGUACAGUAGUCGACACAAAAGUCGACGAGUACGAUUUUAUGAAACCACGCACAAUCGCCGCUGGAAGUGACAAGCUAGCGUUACAAGUGAAGCAGCUAUUAAUCGAUACUGAUCUAAAAACAAUGCGGAAGAGAUUGACAAAGGUAUGAUCAGGUCGCAAUUUCGAUACCAGUAGAGGAGUAAAAAGUCUCGAAAAUAAAUAUUUAUAUGAACUGAACGUAUUAGACAAACUGUUGAUCGAUUAACGUGUACUUGUAUAAAGGAAUAAAAUAUGCUGUUAUAUUUUUAAUAACUUUGUAACUAUUUAUCUGCAUUCCGAGAAAUUGUACACGUUCUUUGGCUCUAUUCUUAAAAAAUUUUGAUGAAAAUUUGCAGAUUUGUAGAACAGUGAAACAUAAGAACCAGAUUUGUAUAC